AGUCGACGGAGAAAUCGGGCGCGACUAACGCUGGUCGGGAGUCCGCCAGGUGAGGUUGCAUGAGUUAAAUGCUCGGGGGUAGGAUAAGUUAAGUUGCUCAUUCCUCAUGAGAAAAUCGUGCUUUGGGUUAAUUUAUUUCAAGUUUCAUUUUACAAUUAGACAUGUUGUCUGAGUGAGUGUUUCCAACAACUUCAAAUAACUAAUAGAAGUGUGCGUGAGAGAACAUAGUACAUUAUAAUGACUUCACAAGAACUUGGACCCAUUCCCAAAGUUUCCACAAUAUGCUCAUUAGAAGAACAAGUUAAAGAUGGCAAGAACAGGCACUUAGUGAAGUGUCAAAGAUGUCCUUCAAAGAUUUUGAAUCCUGGGAUGGCAGUAUAUAAGCAAGUUGAGUUUCCAUUGCCAUACAUGAAGAAGAAAAGUGAUGCAUCAAAUUCAACAGAAGAAGAAGUAGUGAAGGAUUAUUGGGUUGUUGAUGACAUGUAUCACUUUGAAAAUGUUGGAUUUUCAAACACAAUAUCUGGCAUUAAAUAUUUAGCCUGUGCUGACUGUGAAGUAGGUCCUAUUGGAUGGUUUGACAUUGCAGCAAAAACUAGUUAUGUUGCUUUGUCUCGAGUGCUUCAUGGUCAUGGAUAAAUUGCAGGCAGGUUGUCAUUAUGCUAUAGCUCUAUUGUGUUGGUCUUGGUGACAUCUAUGCUAGAAUAAAUUUCAUGUUCUCCAAAGUCGAUACAGCUCUUUAGAUGUGCAUAUCUUAGCGGACCAAAUGCAUACUAUUGACAUGUGUAAUAUCUAAUAUUACAACUAUGCAUACCACCUUCUUUUAUAUUACAUAUAUAUAUCUAUAUUUAUAUGUAUUAUGUAUAUAAUAUUGCACACAUAACUUUUGAGCUUAAAGCAUUCUUUGCACUUUAAUGCUUCAGCAUUGAAUGCAAUGCAUUGUGCACUGAUCUUCAUGUCUUUCAUGAAAGUAUGAGUUUUGUCUGUCUCAUAUUGUAAUGUCGUAAGCACAGGAAUUUGAAACAUUCAUUGUAAAUAUAAGUAUCAUGCAUUCUUAUUAGUAUUGAACGCUGACAGCUUAUCUUCGUACUAAAGAUAUAUUGUAGCAUUUAAGAAAUUGACAUUUCUUUCAUAAAUAUUUACGAAGUCUCCUAUGAUUACAUGUACACUGUUAGUAGGAAUAUGAAUAUUACAGUUCUGGUGAAGUGUUGCUACACUCAAGUGUCAAUAAUAUAAAGCAAGAAAUAAAUGUAUGCUGUACAAAAGUGUAUAUGAAUACGUUUUAAUACACAACUUAAAUAUGUAUGUCAAGUGGUGGAGAGAUCUGUGUUGUGUAUGGUUAGGGUGUACAAUUCUUACGCCUUGUAUUUUAAAAUUGUAGUUUAUAAUUCCACAAUUCAUGUAGGAGUUUGUUUGUUUUCUGUGUGAAAGAAUAUCUAAUUUAGAUAUCUAUUUUGUAUAAGUAUUUAAAUUUAAUUAUCUAAAACUUUAUAAUCUAUAUUUGAAAUUUUCUUACAAAUAUAAACUAAAGGUUAAGAUGGGACUGUUUUCAUUAUGGAGGUAGUGAAAUGUAUUUUGUGUGCAAUUUCUGAGAGUACUACUAAAUGUAAAUAAGUAAAUGUGUGGAUAUGAUUUUGUUGUUUUAUUUCCUAUAUGUUUUAUUAAUAAGAAAUUAACAUGACAUAAACUUAAAUGAAAUGG